GAGAAAUGGCCGUUCUCUUUCUUCCACUACAUUAGCAACAGAGCCUGAUGUUAGUAAGUAAGGCGUAAGAAGAGCGGAAUCAUUAACCCGAGACCAGUCACUACACUCCGUUUAGCUGUGAACUAGUGUGAGGUGAAAGGCUAGUUUUACUUAAUGUGUAAAGCUUCAUCAAGUGUGACUUUAGUUGUUAGCUACCUGCAGCCGGCUAGCGCGUUAGCUGCACAGCAGAGAGACAGACACACCUGUCGUCCUACUAGUGUAACCUGCCGCCUGCUGAUGGGAAACAAGUAGGACUUCACACCAGAGGAGAACUGUCUUUGUGGCUCUAUAGACGUUAAUUGCCCGGGUUAUCCCGUGCAUAAAUGCCCGAACAAGGCCCCAGGAUGAAUGGGUUUUCUCUCGGUGAACUGUGCUGGCUGUUCUGUUGUCCGCCCUGUCCCAGCCGCAUCGCGGCCAAGCUAGCUUUUCUCCCACCGGAGCCCACCUACUCCAUACAUACCGAUGCUAACGGAGCAACUAGCUUACAUUUAACUGAACGGGCGGACUGGCAGUAUUCCCAGAGAGAGCUCGAUGCAGUGGAGGUAUUCAGCACCAGAAGCAGCAGGGGUAACCGGGUUGGCUGCAUGUUUGUGCGCUGCGCCCCGAACAGCCGGUACACGCUGCUGUUUUCCCACGGUAAUGCCGUAGACCUGGGACAGAUGUGUAGUUUUUACAUCGGCCUCGGCUCCAGGAUCAACUGCAACGUGUUCUCCUAUGAUUACUCCGGAUACGGAGUCAGCACCGGCAAGCCGUCUGAGAAGAACCUGUAUGCGGACAUCGAGGCGGCCUGGCAGGUCCUGAGGAACAAAUAUGGUGUCGCUCCAGAGAACAUCAUCCUGUACGGUCAGAGCAUCGGCACCGUGCCCACCAUCGACCUGGCAGCUCGCUAUGAAUGUGCCGCCGUCAUCCUGCACUCCCCACUCAUGUCAGGGUUACGAGUGGCCUUCCCCGAUACACGCAAGACCUACUGCUUCGAUGCUUUCCCUAGUAUUGACAAGGUGUCUAAGGUGGCGUCCCCGGUGCUGGUGAUCCACGGCACAGAGGAUGAGGUGAUCGACUUCUCCCACGGCCUGGCCAUGUAUGAGCGCUGCCCUCGCGCCGUAGAGCCUCUGUGGGUGGAGGGAGCGGGACACAACGACAUCGAACUCUACGCCCAGUACCUGGAGAGACUGAAGCAGUUCAUCUCCUUUGAGCUUCCCACCUCCUGA